AUGGAGUGGUGCCCAGCAAACAUUCAAUCGCCACCAGCACUAGCAGAUGAAGAAGACCUCAACAAUGUGGGGUACACAAAUGAGAACCUCUUCGAUGAAGGAGAUGAGGAGCCCCACAAUGAAUACCUGGACAUGGAUAUGAUUGAUGAAUCAAAUGAGGAGGAGAACUCAACUAACAGUGCAACAAAAUACACCACAUGUGAUGUCAAUGCCAAGAUGCAGACCAACGGUCCAAUUCUCGGACUCACAGCAAUAAAUGAUAACAGAUGGAAGAACUUGGAUCCAACUGUGAGUGAAGCAUUAUCUGGAGAGGACAAGAAACAUUGGGAGGAGGCAAUGCAUAAGGAGCUGAAUGGACUCAGGGCCAUGGGUACAUGGGAAAUUGCUGACCUCCCAAAAGGGAUGAAUGCUGUCAACACAUGUUGGGUUUUAAAGAUUAAAACAGAUGCAAACUUGAUUCUGACAAAAUUCAAGGCAAGGUUGGUAGCACAAGGAUUCACACAAAGAGAAGGGAUAGACUACACAGAUGUGUUCAUGCCAGUGGCACCUAUCCAAGCUAUCAGAGGAGUUCUAGCCAUAGCAACUGUAUGA